AUGGAGGCUUCAGCUCGGCUCGGCUUGGCUCGGCUCGGUUCGGUUCGGCUGGGGAUGGCGGAGUUGGAAGCCGCGUGGCUUGGUGGAUUGGCCCGACACACGCGAGCCGACUCGGUGGCCGCUGUGCGAAUCAGCGCGCGCCUAUUGCUCGCCACCAGCCAGCAUGGCCGCUCGCCUGAUGAGCAGACGCACAGGGUCAUGCGUAAACGUAAGCGUGGCCAGCAUGCGGUGGCCCAAGUUGACGAGCAAGUUGGCGUAGUGGGCAGCUUCGUGUCGUCGCCAGCCGAGAAUGUGGGGUUGACGUUUUUGGAGACCCCGCAUGUUGGGCCUGCAUGGCCCGCCUUCUUCCUCUGA